UUCAGCUGCAAAGAUUUCACCUUUCCCUGAAAAGCGUUAGAGAGAGAGAGAGAUGCAGACGGAGGCGAGGAGAGCAGGUGUGGCGGUGGAGGGAGGCGGAGGACAGAUGGCGCUGAACGCGGGGCAUGGGGCGGUGGUGGUGGACGGUGGCGCCGCGCGUAAGCUGAUCAAGCAGCACCAACAACAGCAACAGCAGCGGAGAAGCCAGCAAUCGCAGAUCGGAACCAUAUCGCAGCUUCUCGCCGGAGGCAUAGCCGGCGCCGUGAGCAAGACUUGUACGGCGCCGCUUGCUCGCCUCACUAUCCUCUUCCAGGUGCAAGGAAUGCACACGGAUGCCUCAAACUUAAAAAAGGCUUGUAUAUGGAGGGAGGCUUCCCGUAUUGUUCGUGAAGAAGGGUUUAGGGCGUUCUGGAAGGGAAAUUUGGUCACAAUUGCUCAUCGGCUUCCUUACUCUUCUAUCAGCUUUUAUGCGUUUGAGCGUUACAAGAAUUUGUUGCAUUUUAUGUUGGGAGUUGAAGGUCAAGGAGAAAGGUUUAGUGCGGAUAUUUGUGUACGGCUUGUAGGCGGUGGUUUGGCUGGGAUUACUGCUGCUUCUGUUACAUAUCCGCUGGAUCUUGUCAGGACACGUCUAGCUGCACAGACAAGUGUAAUAUACUAUAGAGGUAUAUGGCAUGCCUUACGUACCAUAAGAAGGGAAGAAGGUGCCAGAGGCCUUUAUAAAGGACUUGGUGCAACUCUAUUGGGUGUUGGUCCUAAUUUGGCGAUUAGCUUUUCAGUUUAUGACACUGCAAGGACCUAUUGGCAGGAUCAUAGGCCGGAUGAUUCUAUGGCUUUGGUCAGCCUUGCUUGUGGUAGUUUGUCAGGUGUUGCAUCAUCAACAGUGACUUUCCCUCUGGAUCUUGUUAGGAGAAGGAUGCAGUUGGAAGGGGCAGGUGGUCGUGCUCGUGUUUACACGACUGGUCUCUUUGGUGCAUUUAGACACAUAAUCCGCUCAGAAGGGAUUCACGGGUUAUACAGAGGAAUUCUUCCUGAAUAUUACAAAGUUGUACCGAGCAUUGGCAUUGUUUUCAUGACAUAUGAGAAAGUGAAGCAACUUCUGUCAGAUAUACCUUCGUGAUGGUAAAUCAUCAAACAAGGCUGAAUAUAGGUCGCUUAUAUAUAGAAAAACCCAGGGAUAUAGUUUAGUCGAAAGAAAGAAAGAAAAGCUUAUGAUGCACCAGAUUCUCGGAAUUGCUGGCUAAUUUUUGCUCGAUUUGCAAUUGUUGACCGGAAAGUGUAUUAUUGCAUGUGUAUUGUACCUAGAGGAGCACACAUUUGAUUAUAAAUCUCAAAUGUGUAAACACUGCUAUUCACAUUAACGAUCUUUAUAGCAUAGCAGGCUAUUAGCGAUACAGGUCACUGUUGUACUAUUUUACAUUCUUUUACAUCAACAUUGUAUUUGAUUCUUUAAAGCAAUUUCAGAAAUGGUAACUUGCUUCACAGUUUACAGUU